UACAGCAUCAUUUUCGCGUUCGGUUUCGUCAUAUCCAUCGUCGGCGUGACUGCGUGGCCGACGCAAACACCUUGGUGGUCGAUCCUCGCCAUCACCGCAAUCGGCGCGUUGCUGACGAUUCCUUGGGUCAUCAUCGAGUCGAUCGCGAAUACCGGUAUGUCGUUGAACGUGAUCUGGCAAUUGCUUCCCGGUGUCUGGUGGCCCGGGAAACCCCUUCCGCAGUUGGUAAUCCUCAUGCUCGGUGGCGCCUUCGAGCAAAUGGCUGGCGGUUUCAUGAAUGACCUCAAGUACGCACACUACGCCAAGCUACCCCCUCGG